AUGGCUUUAUCAGUUAUCUACCUAAUCUCUAUUUUUUCCCUCGUUUUCAUCGUUCAAUUAAGAGAUGCUGAAUCGAUGAUCACAUCUACUUGCAAAUUUACGGCAUCAGUCGAUCUCUGUACACAGAUAUUAAACGCCGAUCCAUCCAGGGAAGAAACCGAUACAGCAGUUAGAAUUGUCACAGAAUGCAGUACGUUAUAUGUCAACGCAAAGGUUAAACUUGAGACAUCAAUCAGAGAUAUGUAUUCUGAUGAUAGCCUUGGAAAUACACAAAGUGAAGUCAAUGCUGCUGCUUCAUGUGCUGAAAGUUGCGAACGUUCAUUUAGCACUGCCACUCCUGCACUAGCUUAUCCUGAUGAAUUGGCACGAAGGAAAAACUCUUUUGAGGAUAUAUGUGGUGUUACUUAUGAUAUUGUGGGAAUGCUUCUGGUAGACGACCUACAGAGCCAGGGAAAUUCGGACUUGUUUUGA